CGUCAUUUCUCAAAUAAAACAAUAUAAAAAGACAGGAUUUCUCGUCUCAAAAAAAAAAAAUUAUCAAAUAAUACUAAAUCAAAAUGAAUCCUUCAAGAACUGAUGCUAAGAAAGACCAAUUCGUCGGUGGCGCUAAGCAAAACGUAGGCAGUGCUUUCGGUAACGAAUCUAUGGAAGCCAGAGGCAAGACCCAAAACACUGCUGGCCACGGUCAAGAAACUGCUGCCAAUGCUCAAGGCUACGUUAAGGGUGCUAUGGACCAAGCUGCUGGUGCCGUCAAGGGUGCUAUGAACUCUCUUACUGGUGACACUAGUGGUGAAACCAAGAACAAGAUGCAACAACACAAAGGCGAAGCUCAAAAGAACUUCAACUCUUAAAGAUACCUUUUUUAAUCAAUCUUUGUAACUCUACUUUUUUUCUCUUGUAAAUAAAAAAGAUAUUGUUGUGUUUAAUUUAAA